CAAGCGAUCCUCUUUCCUUUUGUCAAGACUGCUGCCUGGACACGCUUCGAACUAGUUUCCCAGAAGUCUGGGACCAUAAAAGGGAGGGUUUGGGAGGCUCCCCAUCCUCCAAAGAGCAGAGCUGAUCCCAUAGGAAGCUCGGAGAUGGCCUUUUUGCAGGGUGUGCGGUUGUAGGGAAAGCAGAGGCCGCUUUUUUACACGUCUACAGAAUUUCGGCUGGUGGGCUGGACCCCUCUUUUUGGAGCCAGGCGCCUCCCCCGCUCUCCGCCCCUCUUUGGCGACUCCUACCGCGCCCAGCCGCCAACUCGCAGGGAUCCUCACCCCCCUCUUUCUCGCCCUCUCUCUCUCUCUCUCCCCAUGGCUUCUCUGAGCCUCCUCUUGCUGGCGCUGAGCCUUGGCGGGGUCCAGGCUUUGGGGGACCCCGGCCCCUUGGAGGACGUCGUCAUCGAGCGCUACUACAUCCCCAAAGUCUGCCUGCGAGAGGUCCAGAUGGGCGACUUCGUCCGCUACCAUUACAACGGGACCUUCCAGGACGGCACCAAGUUCGACUCCAGCUAUGACCGGGGUGCUACUGUGGCAGGUGUGGCAGGUGUUGGACGGCUCAUCACAGGAAUGGAUAGAGGUCUACAAGGCAUGUGUGUGAAUGAGAGGAGGCAUCUUAUAGUACCACCCCAUCUCGGCUAUGGCAGCAUUGGUGUUGCUGGUAUGAUUCCCCCGGACACCACCCUCUAUUUUGAUGUCAUCAUGAUUGACAUCUGGAACAAGGAAGACAAGGUGCAGAUCACUACUUUAUACAAGCCGGAGCGGUGUAACCGCACAGUGGAAAAUUCAGAUUUUGUGCGUUACCAUUACAACGGCACACUUCUGGAUGGCACUCCUUUUGACUCCAGCUAUGGAAAAGACAGUACCUAUGACACCUACGUAGGUUCAGGCUGGCUGAUCAAAGGCAUGGACCAAGGCUUGAUAGGCAUGUGCGCUGGAGAGAAGCGGAGAAUAGUCAUCCCUCCAUUCCUGGCCUAUGGAGAGAAAGGAUAUGGGACUGUCAUCCCUCCUCAAGCCUCCCUGGUUUUUGACGUUCUCCUAAUGGAUCUGCACAAUCCCAAAGAUGGCAUCUUCUUGGAGCACCUGGAAGUGCCAGCAUCAUGCAAACGUAAAUCUGUGACCGGAGAUUUUGUGCGCUACCAUUAUAACGGCACCUUGAUGGAUGGGAGCCUCUUUGAUUCCAGUUACUCACGGAAUCACACAUAUGAUACUUACAUCGGAAAAGGCUACAUUAUCCCAGGAAUGGACCAAGGACUGCAAGGGGUCUGCGUUGGUGAAAAGAGAAGAAUCAUCAUCCCACCCCAUUUGGGAUAUGGUGAAAGUGGGGCAGGGACCAAGAUCCCUGGUUCAGCGGUCUUGAUUUUCGAUGUCCACGUCAUUGACUUCCACAACCCCACAGACCCUGUGGAGAUCAAUACAAUCUUUCGGCCUGCAGACUGCAAUAUUACCACUCAAGACAGAGACUUUGUCCGCUACCAUUAUAACUGCUCCCUGAUGGAUGGUACUAGGCUCUUCUCCUCGCAUGACUAUGAACAUCCGCAGGAAGCCACUUUGGGCACCAACAAGAUAAUCGAAGGCUUGAACAAUGGCUUGCUCAACAUGUGUGUGGGAGAGAAACGGAUCAUCACAAUCCCUCCACAUUUGGGUCAUGGUGAAAGUGGUGCCCGAGGUGUUCCCGGCAGUGCUGUUCUCCAAUUUGAGAUUGAGCUUUUACAUCUGGAGCCAGGAGUUCCCGAAGGUUACCUGUUCAUCUGGCACAGUGAGCCACCAACAAAUCUGUUUGAAGCCAUGGAUCUCAACAAAGAUGGUGAAGUUCCACCUGAAGAGUUCUCAACAUUCAUCAACUCCCAGGUUGCUGAAGGCAAAGGCCACAUGAUGCCAGGCUCUGACCCCGAAAAGAUUGUCAGUGACAUGUUCCAAAACCAGGAUCGGAACAAGGAUGGGAAAAUCACAGCAGAUGAACUGAAGUUGAAAUCGGAUGAAGAUCAAGUUAAACAUGAGGAACUUUAAAAGAGAGAGGACUCAGGGGCUGGGCUCUUCUUGUUUUUUAAAGUACACCAAUUUGUUGGUGUCUCUUUCCCUACACAGGAGCUUAUUUGCUCCCCACCUCUAUCCUGAGUUAGAGAGACUGGAUUUAGGAAGAGCAACACAUUUUCUUCCUUCUUUGGUAACAUUUGGUUUUGCUUUUUGUGUGUGUGGGGGGAAGAGUUAUUUAACUGAGAUUCUGUUUCAAUAAACCAAAACCAGGGAAUUGACACCAUAAUGAAA